GAGACCUACACGAUUACGUUAUCAAUACUGAAAUCAAAUUCUGUCAUAAUAAUAAAUAGAUAUUAUUUUAAUUUUUCUAAUGAGUCCUUUUAAAUUUUAAUUAGAAUAACCAACAUUGUGGUGUCUUGAACUAGUCUGUUGAUAUAAUGUCUACAGUCGGUCCUGAAUUUUUAAGUUAUAUCAAGAAACUCGAAGACAAUGGCGAUAAACUUACAACUGGAACUCCAAUGGAACCUCAUCUUGAAUUCGAAUUCAAUAAUACUACAUGCUAUGUUUGCAAUGGCUACUACGGUCCUAGUUUUGGAGAGCCAGUGUGUGUAACAUGCCACUCAUUUUUGUUUCCUGAUUUUCCCUCCUAUCUUCCAACUUCCUACUUCUGCAGUGAGAAAACUGAUGAUGGUGACUCUGGGAAUGAUGAACCAUCGGAUUUAAACUUUUGUUUGGAUAGAAGAAUGAAUAGACCCUAUCCUCUAAUCACUUUGUGGAAUUACAGAAACUCAUUAGAUAGUGAAACAAGUCCAGAGGAUGAGAUAAGUCGAGCGAGUGGUCAAGGGGCCAGUGGCAGUGGUAGUGGAAGCAGCGGUUCAGCUAGUGGUAGUGGCAGCACUCGGCACAUUGCACAUGUAGGUGAAAGUCGUGCCGGACAGGGCCCUCCACCACAGCCACCUAGCUUGGCACGUUCAUUACAAGCCUUGUCUACACCAUGGCCACCUGACAACCUUGCUCCAGGCCUUGUAGAGCAGCUGCCAUCUGAAGUGCUGCUGUGCAUCUUCAGCUACUUGGACGACAUGUCGCUGUGCGCGUGCGCGUGCGUGUGCUCGCGGUGGUGGCGGCUGGUGCGGGCGCGCGUGCCUCCGCCGCGCUGGGCGACCUUUGCGGCCACCCGCUGGCCGCUCUUCAGGCCGCUCGUUGCCAAUAUCGACUGGCACAAGAAAUACCAAUCAUUGGUGGAAUCAAGUUUCUGUCGUAAUUGUCUAGUACAAAUGUGCGUGCAAGCUCAGCCCGACGGCGAAGAGAACGCAUGGCGAAGGAAUAGACUCCGAAAUGAACUAAAGAUGUUAAGAAAUGAUCCACCUGAAGGCAUAGCGGCGACACCACUGGACCCAAAAUGCUGUCACUGGCAGGCCAGCGUUACGGGACCUGUGGGCUCGCCAUACGAGGGCGGAGUUUUCUAUUUAUAUAUUCAAGUACCUUAUUCUUACCCAAUGAGUCCACCGGUGGUGCGGUUCCUAACGCGCGUUUUGCAUCCCAACGUAUCCCGCCACGGCGACGUCGGCAUUGACUCCGUUCACCACAAUUGGUCGCUGGCGCUCACCGUUAGCAAAGUGCUCAUAUCAAUUCAGAGUCUGCUCACCGACCCUUACACCGCUGUGUGCAUGGAACCGGAAGUGGGUGAGAUGUACGUCCGCAACCGACCGCGGUUCGAAGCUCUUGCGCGGCAGUGGACGUGGCGUUACGCUAUGCAUGAUAUACUUCCAUAUUGAACAAUCCCGUUGACCAUAUCCAAGUGCCAACUGGUUUAAUGGAAGCUGAAACACAAACGCCCUGACUGGGAAGUGACGUGUAACUGACAGUUGCUAUUUAAUCCUUGUGAAUUUUACACCCUCGUCAUAUAUAUAUAU